UCACGUUAGUGAAAGCAAACUUGUUGCGAACAAUGAAAGCAUUUCUCGUAUUGCUUUUGGCCACCGCCAUUUCCGGUGCAGUUGUUCCAUACCCUUCCAACAGAAUUGUCGGAGGGGGAUUCGUCCAGAGUAUAACACAGUUUCCUUACCAGGUUGCCCUGUUCGAGAUUGGUCAGUUCAAGUGUGGCGGGUCCAUCAUCGCGGAGAAGUGGGUUUUAACGGCAGCCCACUGCAUCACACAAUUGGAUGGCAGCAUAACACCAAUUGAUAACUUGAAACUGCAGAUUGGAUCAACUCACCUGCACCUUGGAGGCAAAUCAGUGAAACCCUCCAAGAUAAUCCCUCAUGAGGACUACCCCAAAAUAAGGUACGACAUCGCACUGAUUGAGCUGAAGGAACCGCUCGUUUUCGAUGAGACAAUUCAGAAGCUUGAACUUUAUCGCGGUGAUUUACCAGUCAAUGCAACAGUCACGAUUUCCGGCCAUGGUAAAACCGGCAACGAUGAGCCAAUCUCCGAGAUGCUCAAAUUCAACACGAUGACCAUCAUGAGCGAGGAGGACUGUCUCAACGAAAUGGUCAACUCCGGAUGGAAGAAUAUUAUUUGCUUGAACAAUGCCGCUGACAACGGAGCUUGUACGGGAGAUUCCGGAAGCGCCGCCGUCUACGAAGGAAAGCAGAUUGGUGUGGCUAACUUUGUGCGGGGCAACUGUGGAACCAUCAAACCGGAUGGGUAUGCGUUCGUGCCGUUCUUUAUCGACUGGAUUGAAAAAACAAUGGCGGAAUUCUAUAUAACCAGCAGUUUAUUGCUGCCGAACCUCUUUUUCCAUAUUAUCACGUUAGUGAAAGCAAACUUGUUGCGAGCAAUGAAAGCAUUUCUCGUAUUGCUUUUGGCCACCGCCAUUUCCGGUGCAGUUGUUCCAUCCUCUUCCAACAGAAUCGUCGGAGGAGGAUUCGUCCAGAGCAUAACACAGUUUCCCUACCAGGUUGCCCUGUUCGAGAUUGGUCAGUUCAAGUGUGGCGGGUCCAUCAUCGCGGAGAAGUGGGUUUUAACGGCUGCCCACUGCAUCACACAAUUGGAUGGCAGCAUCACACCAAUUGAUGACUUGAAACUGCAGAUUGGAUCACCUCACCUGCACCUUGGAGGCAAAGCAGUGAAACCGUCCAAGAUAAUCCCUCAUGAGGACUACCCCAAAAUAAGGUACGACAUCGCACUGAUUGAGCUGCAGGAAUCGCUCGUUUUCGAUGAGACGAUUCAGAAGGUUGAGCUUUAUCGCGGCGAUUUACCAGUCAAUGCAACAGUCACAAUUUCCGGCCAUGGUAAAACCGGCAACGAUGAGCCGAUCUCCGAAAUGCUCAAAUUCAACACGAUGACCAUCAUGAGCGAGGGGGAAUGUUUCAACGAAAUUGUCAACUCCGGAUGGAAGAAGAUUAUUUGCUUGAACAAUGCCGCCGAGAACGGAGCUUGUACGGGAGAUUCCGGAAGCGCCGCCGUCUACGAAGGAAAGCAGAUUGGUGUGGCCAACUUUGUGCUGGGAAAGUGUGGAACCAUCAAACCGGAUGGGUAUGCGUUCGUACCGUUCUUUGUUGACUGGAUUGAAAAAACAAUGGCAGAGUAGGAGUGUGGCAAUAAAAACGUGAACUUUA